AUGGCAAUGGCUCGCGCAUGGCAGGCACCCAUCGAGAUGCUGGGGCAGCUGCUCGCCGAGCAGGUCAGUCCGCCAGCUGUGCUAGUACAUGCGCCCAAUAGUCCAAGAAGUGCUAAGCGACUCGUGCGAGACACUCUCGCGGCCUACGAGGCACAGCACCAUGGCGACGUGCGUGUGUCGCAUGUCUCGCCCCUCGUGGCGUGUACGCCGCGGCUCUUGUACACCCAGGUGCUGCGCCAACUAUCCGAAGAGGCCGAUUCGUGCGGCGAUCCAAGUACGUUUCUGAGGCAUGCGCGCGAAUAUAUGCGGCCCUAUACCAAGUGGGUCGUGGUCGUGAACGAUGCGGAGAGGAUGCGCGAUAUUUGGCCCGAGCACGUUUGGGAGAUGUGGCCGCUCCUGGCCGAAUCGAUGGCGUGCCAUGGCCGCGUCAUGGUCGUGUACGUAUCUCCGCUGGCUUGGUCUGCUUUCCGAAGUACAAGCGGUCGUACGAUCUCGACAAGUCCCCUGUGCAUCAGAGUGCCUCGUCUGCCCCGCGAAGACGUCUUGCAGCUGCUCAUGGAGCACGUCGGCAACGACUCGAGCACAUCGCGCAUCGCAAGUCAAGUAUUCUAUGAUGCCGUCAAGGAUACGGUGCGUGACGAGUUUGAGCUGUGUGUAUUGUAUACCCGUGUGUGGCAAGCGCUGCAGGCAGCCAUCGAGGAACGUGGCUCAAAGACUACGGCGACACUCGUGCCGUACAUCAGUGAGCAGUGUCGCGACAUAUUGGUGCGCGUUGUCCCGCGACAUGUAGGGCCCACUGCCUGGCUCCUUGAGAAGAAUAACAAGCCGUCCACGCCGCCGCCAUCAGCCCUGAAUCUCACUCGCACUGGCUUCGGUGCCAUGCCAGCCUUUCUCCUCAUCUCUGCGUUUCUGGCGUCGUACAACCCGGCUAUCACUGACGUCAAGUACUUUGUGCGCGAGCUGGAAGCAUCUCGCAAGCGGCGGCGUGGCAAGGCGCAACGAGCGGCGAAAGCCGCCCUGCUAGAGCUAGAGGGCCAUACGGACAAGGUGUUUGAGCUACCCCAGUUCUGGGGCCCACGCACAUUCACGCUAGAGCGCGUCUUGGCUAUAUACCACGCUCUUCUGACCGACUUUGAGCAGGACCUGAACGAGGACGCCCUGCUUGUGCCCGCCGAGCGCGCUGCUCGGAUGAGCGAGAACAAGGCCGAGAUGCAUCUCGGGCACAUAGCCGGCGAGUUUUGGAGUCGAUCCUCCACGGUGCUCGCCGAGCUCAAUGAGCUCGUUCGGCAGCAGCUCAUUGUGCGCAUGUCGCCCGCCAACAAGCUGAGUGCCAUGCAGUACCGCGUCAAUGCAUCAUUUGCGUACGUCCGCCAAGUCGCGCACUCGGUGGGAUUUCCCCUGACUGUCUGGCUAUGGGACACGUAUACCUAG